AUGCAUACAUUUCUCAAUCAUACAAAACACAGAAUCGAUUCAUUGAUUGACGAGUUAUCGGAUUUAUUGGACACCAAAUUCAAGGCCAAUGGAAACGCUGGAAACGGUGACGAAACCAGUCUUAAGACAAGUAAUAAUAAGAUGAUUGACAGCAUAGACAUCAAUACAUUGCAGUCAUCGUUGGAGACAAUCGCCGAAAUGCUUGAACGCGAAGAUUGCGACCACUAUUUUGAGUCACUCUUUCCCAUAGACAUCAAUACAUUGCAGUCAUCGUUGGAGACAAUCGCCGAAAUGCUUGAACGCGAAGAUUGCGACCACUAUUUUGAGUCACUCUUUCCGUUGAUAUUGAAAUUGAAAACUGACAUAAACUUUGUCUAUUGGAUCAAUUCGGGUGACAAUAAACCGCUCACCACUUCUAACGUUAGUCUGAACUCAAUUUGGGAGACAAUAUGCUAUAAGAUGGAGAAAAUGAUCAUGAAUUCAGUGGUUAGAUGUGAUUACUAUGCGAAUGAGUUGGAUGUGGAAAAAAGCAAUAAGUCUGCGGACAAACAGACGCCCGACGGCGGCGGCGGAGGAGGCGAGGGGUUAGAUAUGUGGCGAUUGUUUGACACAAUAAGAGUCUGUAAACUGGAGUCAGAAUCCAUUGAAUUGAGUGAUAAACCAAUUGAUGAGUUCGUCAAGCGUUUAGUUUCAAUGAUUGUCUUUGAUCUCAGGCUCUUUAAAAACGGUUAUUUCGGGACAUUUACACUGCUAUGCGAUCAACUGGUGAUGCCAUACACUCAGGCAUUAAAAACCAGAUUCAACGCCGAGUUAUUGGCUCUCAACACCAGUGCCGAAGACCUAAUCUCAAUCAUCAAAUGUAUGCUUCAAUGGGACCGCAGUUUACGGGAAAUACGGCAAGAAUUUCCGCGUCUUAUGACCGCCGAGAGUCCCGAAAGUUCAGACAACGAGUUUGACUGGAAAUCAACUCUCGAAUCAACGAUUAAUCAAAGUAGUAAUUUAUCUGAAAAUACUGACGACAAUAAUGUGGUUAACAGUCAUUGGAUUCAAUAUAUUAGACCACAUCUGAUGGAGAAUACGUUUUGGUUGAGCGCAAAACAUAACAGUUGGACAGAGUUUGAUAGAUCCACGAUCUUAGGCACAGAACCCCGCAUUUGGUGGUACAGCGCUCUCGAGUUGAUAAUCACACCAACAAUUGACAAAUAUUUGACACAUAAUCUAAAGACUAUUAUCAAUAAAUCUGUGAUAACAUCAAUGGUUACGCCAGAGAUAAAAGAGAUUUUCACAACAAAUGCUAUGAUAUAUGAAGAUUUAAAUCAUUUGAUUGAAGAGGGAUUGGAGAUAAUGUUUACCACAAUCAGUGAUUUAAUACAAACAUUGCCCACAACUCUGAUCGUAUCACUGGAAAUGGUUAACCAAUCGGUUCCAGCGUAUGUCAAGCCAUUGUCCGCCUCUAUCACCUUAAAUUUUUUAAUAUCAUUACUAUUGAAACGAUUGAAAACCUAUGGCUUCGCCAAUAAUGACAAGCAUUUGGAGUCGAUUCGCAAGUAUUGCCAUAAACUGGACCUCAGAUUUCGGGACACUUUUGAAAGUGAGAAACAUUUCACACAUUUUAUACCCGAUAUUAAGGCCCGAAAACCCGAG